AUGUGGGAUCAAAAACCUUGUUUCACGCUUGAGAUAAGUAACUUCUCGAACAAGGAAGCUGUCAUAGCGUCGAAUGUAUUCGAGGCUGGCGAAUGCGAAUGGUAUCUUUCAGUUCAUCCAAAGGGAGUUUAUGGUCGUUGUAAAGAUCACUUGACUUUGUUCCUCAACGUUGCAAACCGUAAAUACUUGCGAACUGGAUGGCAAAGAAGAGCAAAAUAUUAUUUCCUUGUGCUGAAUGAGUCCAAUAAAGAACUCUAUAGAUCACCAAUUGGAAAGGCAAGCAGCUUGUUUUGCGCUUGGAAUCCAUCAUGGGGUUACCGGAUGCCUCCAAGCAAGUUUCAAGAAAAAGGGUUUUUGGAGAAUGAUAAACUCAUCAUUGAAGUCUACAUCAAAGUUGUUGAUGCUUUUGAUGGAGAAGGCGGAGAUAUCAAUGGUUUUCAAGAUUUUGCUACUUAUGUUGCUUCAGUGGAUAAGAUAAUCACAGAGUACGUGAUGAAUACUCUAAGCAAAGCUUGCAACAAGUUGAGUGAGCUUGUGAACGUAGGAGUCAAGCUGGACUGGUUGAAAUUAAAGUUUGAUGAAGUUACCUUCAAGAGGAAGAACGCAUACGGUGUUGAUGAGUCUUUCGUCCAACAACUAGAGGAACGAAUCAAGAAUCUUGAACUAAUGGUAUCAGGCUUCAAGAAGGAAAAUUUGAAGUCAAAGCUUGAGAAACUUGAAGAAAGCGUCAAGAAUCUUGAUCAGAUGGAAUUAGUGUUGAAACUGGACAGUUUGAAGUCCAAGCUUGAGGAGAUUUCCUUGGAGAAGAAGAAAUCACAUGAUGCUGGUGAGUCUCGGGCCCAAAAAAUCGAGGAACGUGUCAAGAAUCUUGAGCUGAUAGAUUUAGGAUUCAAGCUUGCGUGUGUGAAUACAAAGCUUGAUAAUGCUGCUGAUGACUUUAAGAACGUUGAGCUGAUGGUGUCGUGUCUUGAAAUUGAACUAGACAAGAAGAAGGACAAAUCAACUGCUGAAGGAUUUUUUUUCUUGAAAAAUUCUUCUUUGCGAGAAACAAUCAAAUCUACCAGAUUUUCAAUGUCGAAUAUGUGGGAUAGUUUCAGGUUUGAGAUAGAUAACUUCUCGGACAAGGAAGAGGUCAUAGUGUCUGAGAACUUCAAGGCUGACGGAUGCGAAUGGUAUCUUGCUAUUGACCCCAAGGGAGACAAUAAUGAUCAGUUGUGUUUGUUCCUCUACGUUGCAAAUCGUGAAACCUUGCGAACUGGUUGGAAGAGAAGUGCUAAAUAUUACUUCCUUGUGCUUAAUGAGUCCAACAAAGAACUCUACAAAUCACCAAUAUUGGGAAAGGAAAACCACUUGUUUUGCGCUGAGACUCCAGCGUGGGGUUGCCGAAAGACCUUGCCUCUAAGCAAGUUUCAGGAAAAAGGGUUUUUGGAGAAUGAUAAACUCAUCAUUGAAGUCUACAUCAAAGUUGCUGAAGCUUCUGAUGGAGAAGUCGGUGAUAUCAAUGGUUUUCAAGCUUUAUUUUCUCAUGUUGCUUCAGUGAAAAAGACAUUCGCAGAGCACGUGGCGAAGAAAGAAUACAAGAAUAAACUAAGCAACGCUUGCAACAAGUUGAGGGAGACUGCGGAAGUAGGAGUCAAGCUGGAAUGGUUGAAGUCAAAGUUUGAUGAAGUUUCCUCCAAGAGGAAGAAGGCAGACGGUUUGGUGCAACAACUCGAGGAACGCAUCAAGAAACUUGAACCAAAGGUAUCAGGAUUCAAGAAGGACUGUUCGAAGUUAAAGUCCAAGUGGAAGAAAUCACAUGCUGCUGAUGAGUGUCGUUUCCAAAAACUUGAAGAAAGCGUUAAGAAUCUUGAGCUGAUGGAAUUAGGGUUGAAACUGAACAGUUUAAAGACGCAGCUUGAUUUGGUUUCCUUGAUGAGUAAGAGAUAUCAUGAUGAUUCUGAGUCUCGGGCCCAACUACUCGGGAGACGUGUCGAGAACAUUGAGGUGAUGAAAACAGACUCUAAACUGGACAGUUUGAAGUUGAAGCUUGAGGAGAUUGCCUUGGAGAGUAAGAAAGAUUAUGAUGCUGGUGCGUCUUGGGUCCAACAACUCCAGGAACGCAUCAAGAAUCUUGAGCUGAUGGAUAUAGGAGGCAAGCUGGACUUUGUGAGUACAAAGCUUGAUUAUGCUGUUGAGACUCGAGUCCAACUCAAGGAAUAUGUCAUGGACUUGUCAAGCGAAGUGGAACUCAAGAUGGAAUGUUUGGAUACAAAGAUUGAUGAAGUGUCCUCAGAGAGGAAGACAUCUGAUAAUGCUCGGUGCCAACAACUUGAGGAAAGAUUCAAUAACAUUGAACUGAUGAUGUCGUGUCUCAAAGUUGAAGUAGACAAGAAGAAGGACAAAUCUACUGCUGAAGGGUUUUUGUUGGUCGACUAG